UGAGUGUCAGUGAGACUCCGUGAGCGUGAGCUAUAGCCUACUGGACCUCUGGGUGCACUCAGGGGUGGACAGUGCAGCUGCAGCUGAGGUGAGAGAGGGACGGGACAGAGGCUGACAGGGACGGACACAGAGGCCAGAAAUCAGUGAGCGUCCCAGUGCUGAGGGGACACACGUGUGCCAGGAGGACAGAGUCAAGAAGUGCAGUGCAGGUCACAUACUGGGCUGAUUUCUCUCUUCUCUCCCUCUCUCUCUCUUUCUCUCUCUGGCUGAAGACCCUCUAAAGGUGUGUGGAACGAUGAUUGAACUGGGGACGCCAGCCGGGAGUCUGAUCGACGAGCUGAUGGAGCUCACUGCCCAGAGCCUCAGCCGCCUGGAGAUCAAGGAGCACUUCAACAUCAUCAAGGAGAUUGGCCGCGGGAAGUACGGCAAAGUGCUGCUGGUCACACACCGCUUCAGGGGGACACCAAUGGCGCUCAAAGUGAUGCCCAAAGCUUCGACCAAGCUGCAAGGCUUCUUGCGCGAGUACUGCAUCUCCCUGCACCUGUCACGCCACCCGUGCAUCGUGGGACUUUUCGGAAUCGCCUUCCAGUCCAAAGAGCACUACGGCUUUGCCCAAGAGCUGGUGAUUGGCCGGGACUUGUUUGCGGUCAUCAAACCAAGGGUGGGUAUUCCAGAGGGUGCAGUGAAGCGCGUCGCCCAGCAGGUGGCCAGCGCAUUGGAGUUCAUCCACGACCACGGGCUGGUGCACCGGGACAUCAAGCCCGAGAACGUCCUGCUGCUCGACAGCCACUGCCGCCAGGUCAAGCUGGCCGACUUCGGGCUCACCCAGAAGAGGGGCACCCUGAUCCGCAUGAUCUCGGGCACCCUGCCCUACAUGGCGCCCGAGCUGUGCGCCAUGGCCGUGGAGGAGGGCGAGACGGAGGCCAAGGCGCCGCCGCUCAGCGUGGAGCCCGGCCUGGACACGUGGGCCUUCGGCGUGCUCGUCUUCUGCAUCCUCACCGGCUUCUUCCCCUGGGACCGCUGCGCGCCCUCCGACGACUUCUACGAGGAGUUCGCCGACUGGUCCCGGCAGCCGUCCAUCGCCGACGUCCCGUCCCAGUGGAAGAGGUUCAGCCCCGCCGCCCUGGAGAUGUUCAGCAAGAUGCUCGCCGUGGAUGCCGCCCAAAGGUGCUCGGUGAGCGAGGUGAAGGCCUACGUGGAGAAGGACUGGCUCAAGGCAGAGAGCUCCAAUGGCCUUCCGUGGGCGGACGGCAAGAAGGCCAAUGGCACGAUCAGCCCUAGCUUGGGCAGAAGCAGCCCUGUCCGCGAGGUGUUGGCAUGACGUUAAAUCAUUCUCAAGGACUCAUUCUCAAGGGUUCAUUUUUAGCAGGCACGGGAAGAGGGAGGAGGUCGGAGAGUGGAGGAUAAAGGAUAAAUUCCUGCUGGAGUGUAGUUCAUCUCAACAGGUUGCGGCACUCGUUUUAUGGGGGCCGUAAAAGUGUACACACCUUCCGCUCCCAAGCAGACGGAUAGAGUGUCUAGGGGAGCCCUGAGCCCUGGUGGCCUUCAAGAGCACGAGCAAGAGCUCUGAUGUCCGAUACCUACUGAUGUCCGACAUACUGUAUCCCUUUCGGAGAACGCGGCUUUAUGUAGUGAAGAUCUUCGGCUUGGCACAUCAACGAAAAGCCACAAAAUAUAAUCCUGCUGAUUGUAAAUGUUCUUGGAACUACACUGACUUAUGUGAGAACCAAACCAAUAUCUUUAACAGUGUAAUUCAAUGUCACAUAAAAUUUGAGUGAGUAUGGACACAUCAUUUUAAAUUGUUAACAGGUGUCUGUUGCACAAUAAUAUAAACACAUAUAAUUCAUU